AUGAGUAUCAAAAGAGAUACAAGUACAAAAAUCAAGAGAAGCACAAAUACAAGAAGUAAGAAAAGUACAGAUCCAAAAUAUAAAAAAGACACAGAUACAAGAAUUAAAGGAGAUACAAAUACAGAAAGCAACCCUAACUUUAAGAAGCCACUUAGUAUCAAUUUGAAAAUUUUUUUUAAUAAUCAAUAA